AUGGCACAGAUAACCCCGACCCCCGAGGGCAGGCCCAACGAGCCAACUCGACCAUCAGACCCCCAGGAGCAAUCGCGCUUCUUUAAGCUCCCUUGGGAGCUUCGCAUGGACAUCUACGACAGCGCAUACCCUCGCAUACGUUUGCCGCAACUCACAUAUAUAGAUGUCAACGGCAGGGCCUCUUGCAACGAGGUCGGAGAUUCUUCCUCGGCGGAAGGCCGCCUUUGUCGGGUAGUUUGCAACGGAAUAUUUGAAGACAACGGCGCUGAGAUCAGAGAAAGGCGCGCAGCGGUACACCAUGCGGCGAUUUCCAUGGGAUCAGACCCUAAGCGGAAUCAACACAAGCAACACUACCCCCGCCCUCACGACGAGCUCGUCUACCCACUACCUCUUCUGCUCGCGUGUCGCCGCAUGUACGAAGACGUUGCGCCUCAUUGCGAUCAAUCCUUUGCGUUCCAAGAUUUUCUAGCUUUGGAGACCUUCUUCGACAAGGUGGCAGGCAGAGAACUGGCCAACGGUCUUGCUGAACGGCUGAACAAAGUCUCCCUCGACGUCAAGUUCAGCAAUAACGAUGCCUUCAAGCCUUCAUCCAGGAAGAAGAUUCUCCUUCAUUGGGCGGCGGCAUGCAAGACCCUUGCCACGUGGAAGAGCAUGAGAACCUUCCGAUUGCGAGUAGAGAUCCCUUUGUCGCAGCAAAAAGCGAUGCCCGGAAACAUUCACGUUCCCUUUAUCAGGGAGCUUGGCCAGGUUGCGGAUCACGCUGCUGACAUCGAGGUAAAGAUGAUGCUCACCUCACGGGCUCAUCCAAGGUCCGCGGCAGUCAGGAUAUAUAAGUUGGGGGGCAUCGGAGUACCAUUCGCGGGAUUAUGGCUUCGAGGUGCCUGA